UAAAUCGCCGCUUCUUCUUCUUCAUCUUCUUCCUUCCUUGUUCUUCUCUCCUUUCUCCCCGCGACUUGCGUCUCCUCCAUCCAAUCCAUUUCAGGAUUCCCCACCCCCAAAUUCACCUCGCCAAUCGCCCGCGAAUGCGUCGCGAUCGCGCGCGCGUCCUAAUCCCCAAUCCGCCGCAUUAGCUAGCGCGCGCUUGCCCCAAUUUUUGUUUUGUGUUUUGGUUUUGGAAUCAAUCAAUCGGAGCUAGUUUUUUGCUUUGCUUGUUGUAGGCGGGGCUAGGGUUAGCAUUUGUAGGCAGGGCAUGGAGGACUACCACCACCGGAUGGGCGCCGCGGCGGCCGACUUCCGGCGGGACCUGGAGGACCUCGUCUGCGAUCACCUCGGCGGGUGCUACUCCCCGCCGCCCUCCUCCUCCUCCUCCUGCUCCGUCGCGGGGGACGCCGGGGCGGGGGCCGGCGCCGGGCACGGGGCCAACGACGACGAGGCGGAGUCCUCGCGGCGGCGGCGGCGGGAGUCGCGCCUCCUCAGCCGCUGGGUCGCGCGCCAGGCCGAGGAGGUGCUCUCCUCCAUGGAGCGCGAGGUGGAGCGGCGGAACCGCGAGGCGGAGCUGCUCGCGCUCACGCGCCUCCACCCGGUCUCCACCCUCGACCCCUCCGCCUUCCUCCUCUCCUCGCCCACCUCGCCGCCCCCGCCGCGCCCGCAGGCGCCCUCGCCCGCCGCGCCCUCCUCGCUCCUCCAGAUGUGGCGCGAGCUCGAGCACCGCCGCGCCGACGCCGACCACCGCGAGCCCUCCCCGGAGACCCCCGACAGGCACCGCGAGCGCGUGCGCCAGAUCGCCCGCAGGCUCACCACCUCCACCGAUAGCCCCACGGCCGCCGCCGCCACGGCCACCGGGGAGUGGCUCGGCGAGACGGAGCGCCAGAGGGUCAGGCUCGUCAGGGAGUGGGUGCAGAUGGCCAGCCAGCCCCGCGACGCCGCCCGCGUCUCUCGCAGGGACGAGACCGCCGGAACCCCCCCUGCCACCGCUGCCACUCAGGAGAGGGAGAGGCGGGGAGAGCCUCCGAGGCUCCGUGGCCGGCAGGCGCGCAUGGAUGUCAUCACCCGGAUGGCCCGGGAGCGUCAGCGCGAGCUGCAGGGGCUAUCGGGGUUCCACAUUGUGUCGCAGUUCCCCCACCGGAGCCGCAGCCGCAUUCAGGGAUUGCUUAGGGGAAGGUUCUUGAGGAACGCGGUGCUCCCGGACGAGGAGGAGCGACAGCCAUCUGUGGCAGCGAGAGAGCUCGGGCAGCUGAGGCAGAGCCAUCGCGUGUCUACCUUGAGAUCAGAGAGUACUGUAAGUACUCAAGAUGUUAGCCAGUCUGAUGCUCCUGUUGCUGAAAAUGCUGCGUUACUCGAUAAUGAUGAAACCGAACAGGGGGCUGACAUCAGGGACUUUACUGAUAGUGAGGAUGUGGCCCAAACUGCAGUUGAAAAUGGGGGUUUACAGGAGGAUAAUGUAGAAGUUGCUGAGGCGGAGUCACCGACAACAACAUUGGGUGACAUAGUUGAUAUGCAAGUAUCUCAAGUUGAUAAUGGGAUGCAAGAUGAGACAGAACGUGACACAAUAUUUUGGCAGCCAUCUUUGGAUGUCAGGCUUGAUAGGUGGCCGGAUGAAGCUGCAGAGAAUGCUGACAGAAAUUGGGAGGAUAAUGCAGAAGAGUUACACAGUGAAAUUGCAGAGGAUGAUGACAGGGAGAAUGAAAAUCUCCCAGAUGAGCAUGAUGAGUGGCAUGAUGACGAGUCUCAUGGUACGGAGGAGAACUGGCAAGAUGACUUCCAUGAUUCUGCACUUGACACGGGGCCCAUUCCUAGAACUGAAAACAGGUUCAUUCCACCUGAUGAUGACAAUGUUUACAGCAUGGAACUGAGGGAAUUACUUAGCAGGCGAAGUGUCUCCAAUCUUCUUAGUAAUGGCUUUGGUGACAGUUUGGAGCAGUUAAUAAGGUCAUAUGUUCAACGGCGUGGUCAUGCCCCCCUGAACUGGAACCUCGAUGCAGCCGAGCCCACCGCGAAUGCACCAAACGAAGACCAGGGACAUGUAAGGAAUGCUGAAAAUCGGCCAUUCCAAGGUCCUGUCAAUCGGCCAUUUCAAGGUGCUGUCAAUCGGGUAUUCCGGGCUCCUGCCAACAGACCUGGCCGUGCUAUCCCUCCACCACCUAUGCCACCGCGGCCGCCACUAUUUCAAAGACAAUUGCGCCUUAACAACUGGAGCAGUAGACCCAGGGUACCCCACGAAUGGGAUGCUAUUAAUGAUUUGAAAGCUGACAUGGGCAGACUUCAGCAAGGGAUGACCAGCAUGCAGAGGAUGCUGGAGGCGUGCAUGGACAUGCAACUGGAAUUGCAACGUUCAGUGAGACAGGAAGUGUCCGCAGCCUUGAAUCGAUCUGCGGGACCUGAAGGUUGCAUCCACAAUCCCCUGGUCAAACACAUUAGAAAAUUCUUUUAUGUGUUUGUUAACCUAGUUUCAGACUCAGGGCACGCGAUGUAUCCAGUAGACGACGGAUCUAGAUGGGAUCAGGUGAGAAAAGGAACCUGUUGCGUGUGUUGCGAUACGCAAAUCGACUCUCUGCUUUACAGGUGUGGGCACAUGUGCACCUGCUCCAAGUGCGCGAAUGAGCUGGUGCGCAGCGGCGGCAAGUGCCCACUGUGCCGGGCGCCCAUCGUGGAGGUGGUCCGGGCGUAUGCGGUGUUGUAAAUUAUACAACAGGGGAAAUAAUAAGCGAUGUCAAUCGAAGUUUUGCUGGAGGAAGGAAACGGGGAAAAGGAAAAGAGAAAGAAAAUAGCUCUGCUUCUUCUUACUGAUGCUGUUUAUUUUUUUACUUUCCCCUCGUUACUCUUCUUCUUGUGUACUGGUAGGUUUACAGAUAUACUAUCUUGUUGCCUUGCUGUUGGGCAGCAAAGGGCGGCGCGUGCGUGUGUUGUGUUAUUGAUUGCUGAAAGGGUUUACCGUGGGUAGUAGGAGGGGGUGAAAAAGAGAGAUACCCCCAGCCCAGUGUAAAAGUUCUUUCGCUGUAAUUUAUGUGUCCCCGACAGACAGAACACAAGAGAUACUCUCAAUGAUAUAGAUUCUUAACCUGAUCCAAA